AUGAGGCAUGCCGUGCUAAAAACGGAGAACGUGAUCGUUACUGGAAGGCUGCACGGCAACGUCGAGGCAAAGACUCUAGAGAUCUCUAAGGGCGCCCUGUUUCUGGGCAAGGCCAUGGUGGACUCGGCGACGGUGGCGGGAAGGCUGGAGGGAAUCCUUGUUGUGGGCGACAUGCUCACCAUGAGGAGCUCGGGGCACUGCGACGGGGUGCUCCGCUAUGGGCAGCUGAACGUCCAGCACGGGGGAAAGCUCACGGGAGCCGUGAAGGCCGCCUCCCCGGCGGACGUGGGCAUCGGGGACAUCCCCGUCCCAGACCUCCCGCCGGGAACUUGGGACCACUUCUGGGGCAAGCGGGGCGGCGGUAGGGCGGAGGGGGGGAGCGGGGACGUCUCUUCCUCCUCCGCCUCCUCUUCCGGCAAGUCGCCUUCUCUUCGAAGAGUGAGCGGGCCCCUGCAGACCGAAAACGUAGCCCAGCUUGAGAGUGCCGCCGCUGGUGUCUCGGGGGAAGAAGAAGGACCGCCAGGGACGGCGACCGCCGCCGCCGCCGCCGGUGCUGCCACCAGGCUGCCUUCCACGGCGACCACGACACCGGAAGAGCACGGGGAGAUUAUGAUGCCGUCGCCCGCAGAAGACGUCACGACGACCCCGCCAGAGGAGGCUCACGAAGAGAUGUCGCCGUCCGCCCAGUUGGUGUUCGGCAACGGUAACGGUGGCGGCGGCGGGGGCAGCGAGUGCGUGCUGAGCCCGGUGUCGGCGGUCUCCGGCGGGGCGUGGGGGGCUCCGCGGGAUCCUCCCGCGGUGGACGGGAGGUCGCCGGGGGGUUCUGAGACCGCCGAGGUUGACAUGAUGGACUUCUUGCAGGAGGUUGGGCAGCAACGGCUGAGGGAGGAGGCCCGGGAAGAGCAUGCUACGGAGGCGAUGACAGCCGUGGGGACGCCGGUUUCGGCGGCGGGGUCGGUCACCGGGUUCGCCCGCACGCCUGCGAGACAUCCGAUGGAUGUCGGACCAGACAACAACGUUGUCUCAGGUUCUUUACAGCAGCAAGCGGAUGGCCUGCAAAGGAUCCUUCACAUCCGUCGAACGGCGCAGGAAUCAGUAGCCGCCGACGCCGCUGCCGACGCCGCGAAAGCCAACGAUUCCGUGCCCAGAGACAAUGGGGGCGGCUUCAGGGCCAACCUACCUGCUGCAAGGACGGAAGCAGCGGCGGCGGCGGGUGGACCGGCGCCAGCUGCUGUGCGGACGUUGCCGCGGUUGUUGGCUGCAACGUGGAGUCACAUUAACCCGGACCGCUCGAAGCAACCCCGCGGCGGACCUAAGACCCCAGAAGAGCGGUUGAAGGCCAUCGAAGACGCCAAGGCUGCCCUCCGAUCACGAGUCGCCCUCCGCAAGGCGUCGCAGUCAGAGCAGGCAAGCCUUGUGCCCUUCAUGGAGAGAGCAAUCGAAGGAGCAAGGCAAGAAUUUGUGAAUCAGCAAGGGACUAUCAGUCGCCGCCCGGUGAGCCUGGGCCGCAGCGAGCUCGGCAGGUCCAGCCCCAUCAGCUCCAGCUUCGGCGGCAGCGCCAGCGCCAUCGGUAGCCGCAGCAGCCGCGGCGGGGACUUCGAUAUCUCGGUGGGAGCACGCGGCGGCGGCGGCGGCGGCGGCCAGUCCCCCACUUUUGCCGUGACACACCCAGCCUAUGGCGAACAACCUCAGCAGCAGCAGCAGCAGCAGCAGCAACAGGCGGCUGCCUCUGACGCGGGUGGGGUGACACCGAGCGGGGGUCUUGCUGGCGUGUACGACGACGACGACGAUGACAAAGGCACGGCUCCCGCUUCCUCCGGAGGCGCAGAGGCGGCCGACCAUGGCCUGGGCUCCUCGGACGGCGCCAGCGGGUGCGCCGCGGGUGCCUCGGGGGGAAACGCGGAGGUGGAGGCGGCGGCGGCGGCCGCUAUGGCUCUCGAGGCCGGGGACAUGACCCUUUCCGGGGGGGGGGUUGUCGCGCUGGUGUCCCCGGGAAAGGACAGAGGCGUUUCGGACGGGGAGGCGCGGGGGGGGCUACUGAUGACAGGACGCCGUGGGAGGGUGCACCUGUCGGGGAGUUACACGGAGGCGGCGGCGGCGGCAGUGGCGGGGG